AUGAUUGAGAGCGAAAGACUAAAGUACAUCCGUAGCCAACAAGCGAACCUUCGCUCUGAAACAUUUGAGAAUCUUCAAAAGUAUAAAUCUAAAGGUAAGGAAGUUUUAACAGAUACUAGAAAGCCUGUUAUACUUCCUUCUUCAUUUACUGGUGGUGCAAGAUUCAUGCAACAAAAUUACCUCGAUGCAAUGGUCUUAUAUAAGUGGUAUGGGUACCCUGAUUUCUUCAUAACUAUAACGUGUAAUCCUAAGUGGCCUGAAGUAAAUAGAUUUCUAAAAGAUUCAACCAUCAAAGCCGAAGACAGGCCUGACAUAUUGUGUCGAUUGUUUAAAAUGAAGCUUGAUUCCUUACUCAAAGAUUUGAAGGAUUCUAAGUAUUUUGGUGAGAUUAACGCUGUUGUUUAUACAGUAGAAUUUCAAAAGUGUGGUCUUCUUCAUGCACAUAUAUGCUUAUUCAUGAAGGUCGAUCACAAACUUCCAACCAUAGAUCACAUAGAUCCAUUUAUUUCUGCUGAGAUUCCCGAUAAAAAAGAAGAUCCUGAACUUUAUUCUCUUGUGACUAAUUAUAUGAUUCAUGGUCCGUGUGGGAAUGCUAAUUUGAAUUGUCCUUGCAUGGUUGAUAAAAGAUGUUCAAAAAACUUUCUGAAGAAAUUCACACCACAUACAACUAUUGAUUCAAGUGGUUUUCCUGUAUACAGAAGAAGAGAUUCUGGUCAUACAGUUAUAAAAUCUGGUGUUAGAUUAGACAACAGAAAUGUUGUUCAUUAUAACAAAAGGCUUUUGAAAAGAUAUCAAGCACACAUUAAUGUUGAAUGGUGUAAUCAAGCCGGUUCAGUGAAAUAUUUGUUCAAGUACAAUAACAAAGGUCCUGAUAUGGCUACUGCGGUAGUUUCUGGUGAUACAAGUUCAACCAUCAAAGAAAAGCCAAAAGACGAGAUCAAGGAGUAUUAUGAUUGUAGAUAUAUUUCAGCUUGUGAGGCAUCCUGGAGAAUAUUCUCUAAUGAGGUUCAUUAUAGGUAUCCUGCUGUUAUGAGGCUUCCCUUUCAUUUGCCGGGCCAACAGAAUGUUGUGUAUGGUGCGGAUGACGAUAUUGAUAAUGUUUUAAGCAAGCCUUCUGUUGCUUCUUCAAUAUUUGUGCAAUGGAUGAAGUUGAAUGAGACAAAUGAAGAUGCUAGAAAGCUGACUUAUGUUGAGUUUCCUUCCAAAUUUGUUUGGAUACUUAAUGAUAGAUGUUGGCAGAUACGUAAGUCGUACCAGUGCGUUGGCCGGAUUCAUUCUGUAUCUCAUGCAUUGGGCGAACCUUAUUUUUUGAGGAUACUACUCAAAAAAGUUAAAGGGCAUAGAUCAUUUGAGGAGAUACGUACAGUUAACGGUCAAUUAUUCCCGACUUUUAGAGAUACUUGCUAUGCGAUGGGACUCUUAGAUGAUGACAAUGAAUACGUUGAGGCCAUUAAAGAAGCAAGUUUUGAAGGACAUGCUGGGUAUCUUCGAGCGUUAUUUGCUACCCUGCUUUUGUCAAAUACUCUAUCUCCGCCAGAAUUUGUUUGGGAGAAUACGUGGAAAUACUUAGCUGAUGAUAUUGUUUAUAGACGUCAAAAAGAAACAAAUAUUUCAGGUUUAGUGCUUCCUGAAUAUCAGAUUAAGAACCUUACUUUGUUGAAAAUUGAAAAUUAUUUAAUUUCCAAUGGUUCAUCAUUAUGA